AUGGAUUACAGCCGAGGAUGGUCAGCGCAAAUGCAGCCAAAUCUCAGCCAGAGAACUCGUCUUCAAAACAGCUCGAGCAGCGGCAGACCAGUUUCACGAUCAGGUCUUCUCCCUUAUGGCCCAAUUUCCACGCCACUGUCCGGUAUUCCCCCACACAUGCCUCAAGGCUCUGGCCGUCCAUAUCCCGGUGGAUAUCUGGGUCCGAACUACCCGUAUCAAGCGGCAGCAUGGCCACAACCUGCCGUGCAGCAGCCCAUGCCGCUGAUGUCUCCAAGCCAGUACUCUAUGCCUUCUGGUAACCCCUAUCCAGUGGCCAACCACUGGGGGUUUCCAGUCCAAGCUUAUUUGCCGCCGAGUCAGCAAAUAGUCCACGGCACGCAACCAGGGAGCCAGAUAAACCUGAACUCGCAAGACGAAGCUUCUCUCUCGGUCAUGGCUGGGCUGUCGUCUGUCGACUCGAGUAUUGACCAAUACUUCAGCAGCAUGGGCGCUGCCCCCAACAGUACCGGCAGCAUACUCAACGCCGGCAGAGGGCUCGCCCUUGGCACACCUGUACAAGCCCAAUCACUCCAGCCGCAGCCUCCGCAAAGCAGCUUAGACCAGACAGAUGGAAGCAGCAGUUCCUCCGCUCCACAGCCCUUCCGUAUCACUGGACCAGUCGAGGGACUGUCGCUCCACAACUCCAACGAUAGCAACAACAACAGCAACGGGGCACACGAGCCUCAGAAAACAGUCCAAACAAGGCUUCCACAACAAGCUAUCACGGGCCAGAAGAGAAGCCGGGAGACGUCGAGCAGUCGCGGACAACGACCAGGAGACUCUGCAACAACAACAAAGCCGGCGAAAGAAGAACGGGAGGGAAACAACCCACCGCGUGAGGAGAAGAAGAGUGGUAUCCAAGCUGCCGUCGACAAGGGUAAGAAGAGAGCGGCGGGGGAGUCUACCGCUCCUCCCACGAGCAAACGGCAGAAAGCCGCGACCAACCUGGGGGAAGGAGUCACCGCUGCCAGGCAAGGCUUGCCAAGGGAUGGCGAUUAUGGCCACGGGCUGUCCUCGAGGCAGGAAGACGGAACGGAGGAUGAGCACGUCGAUGCUGCUUUCAAGGUAGAGCCAGCCCUGAACUCCAUCAAAACCAAAAGCCGUGAAAUGGUGGCGGGGCAGUGGCCGGGGAGCCAAGCGCCUGUCAAGGGCAGCAGGCUUCUGCUGAAGAACUACCGCCGGGUCUGCGACGAGUGCGUUAAGAGGCGGAUCCGGUGCAGUUUCGCCACCGAGCCGCGGCCCAGAGGCGAAGAUGUCACGAACCUGGGACUGACCUGUGAGCAGUGCCAGGCCGGAGGGAAGAGUUGCACGACCGCCAAGCCCAAGAAGAAGCGAGGCCCGGAGGAGGGCUGGGCGCUCAGUCCCCGCCUGCUCGAGAUGUUGCGCAGGGACGACGAGCAGCUGCUCUAUCGCUGGUGCUCAAGCGUGCUCUUGAGCGACCACCUUGUGGGCGAAGGUUUUGUGGGCGACAAUUUCGAUUACCUUGUCAGUACCAAGGCGAUACCGCUCUCUGAAGGAUGGGCAGAGACUCGGCUGUCAAAAGCCUUGAGGCUGAAGGCGAAGGAGCAGCUCCCAGACACGGAAGUCACAGGCAGUGCAGGAACUACAAUUCGAAUCACAAAGACUACAGACAGGCGCGAUCCGAGAUACCGCCUCGCGACGGACCUGCUCGAUCGUCGGCAGCAUGUAGCCGGUGAAGAGAUCCGGAAACAGGAGAUCGGGCUGGAAGUCGAGAUCAUCAAUGCGUUCAACGUGAAGUGCGCGAGAACACACAAGACGGGCACAUUGGCCUCAAGCUCUGGCACGAUCCCGAGCUUGCCGCUUGUGGAUAUGAUGCCGCCGAAUGGGACAGCUCGUCCCGCCGAAAUACAAUCUUCACCACAGGAGGCUCUAGAGAAGAAGAAGACGAGUAUUUCGGGUGAUGCUCUGGACGAAGAUGCUGUUCAUGAUGGAGGAGACUGCAAGACCGUCCAAAGUCCUCGGGAAAGGCAGCAGCCGCCAGCAGCAUCUCUGCCUGUCACACAUACCGAAAACACCACCACAGGCACCGUUCUCCAGGCACCGCCGUUACAGGGAGACUACGGCGAGGACGUCACGGUCCAGAAGGGUGACUCGCUCGUUUUCCCCGAAAACAGCCUCGGCUUCGACGAUCUCUUCGGCCCCGAGAUUGACACUGGCGACUUCAGCGGCAACGGCAGCAGUCUGUUUGAUCUCGAGGCGGACACCACAGCGAUGACAGGUGACACGAGCACUGCAAGCUGGAUGGACCCCUCCACGGAGCUAGACUUCUUCUCGACGCCCUGGGACGGCGCGCUUGACUGCGAGACUUUGGACUUUUAAUCACAGCCCCUGCAGGGCCUUCUUCUGUUGGACAACCUUACCGACCGAACUGAAGCGAGCUGCGACGGG